ACGGUUCUGCUCCAGAGCUCCUUGCUCAGUUGCUUAGACUCUGGUCUUUUUCAUCUGUGGCUGAGGGCGUAAGGACAAUUAACCGGAUGCAAAGGAUGAGUUAGAGGUUGGGUCUGCUGACAAGAUGAACCGGGAGCUGGAGUAUAUGUUUGUUCAAUCUGCUCGGGUUUGGAUCCCUGAUGCAGAGGAGGUGUGGAAGUCUGCCGAGCUCACCAAGGACUACAAAAAUGGCGACGCCUCGCUGCAGCUCAUGCUGGAGGACGGAACGAGCAUUGAUCAUAAGCUGGACCCCAAAAUGAAGAACCUGCCUUACCUGCGGAACCCAGACAUCCUGGUGGGCGAGAAUGACCUCACUGCUCUCAGCUACCUCCACGAGCCCGCCGUGCUCCACAACCUUAAAGUCCGCUUCAUCGACUCCAAACUCAUCUACACCUACUGCGGAAUCGUUCUUGUUGCCAUCAACCCUUAUGAGACACUGCCAAUCUACGGCAGUGAAAUCAUCAAUGCCUACAGCGGGCAGAACAUGGGAGACAUGGACCCUCAUAUCUUUGCUGUGGCAGAGGAGGCUUACAAACAGAUGGCAAGGGAUGAGAGGAACCAGUCGAUUAUCGUGAGUGGAGAGUCCGGAGCAGGAAAGACUGUCUCAGCCAAAUAUGCCAUGAGGUAUUUCGCUACCGUCAGUGGUUCUGCCAGCGAGGCCAACAUAGAAGAGAAAGUUUUAGCAUCCAACCCCAUCAUGGAGGCCAUCGGAAACGCAAAGACCACACGGAACGACAACAGCAGCCGCUUUGGCAAAUACAUCGAGAUCGGCUUCGACAAUCGAUACCGCAUCAUCGGGGCCAACAUGAGAACAUAUCUGCUGGAGAAAUCCAGAGUGGUGUUCCAGGCGGACGAGGAGAGGAAUUACCACAUCUUCUAUCAACUCUGUGCAUCGGCUAAUCUGUCUGAGUUCAAGAAUCUGAGGCUAAGCAGCGCAAACGACUUCCUCUACACCAGGCAGGGUCGCAGCCCUGUUAUCGAAGGUGUAGAUGACGCCAAAGAGCUUUGCACGACUCGCCACGCCUUCACGCUUCUGGGUAUAAACGAGUCCUAUCAGAUCGGCUUGUUCCAGGUUCUGGCUGCUAUUCUUCACCUAGGAAAUGUGGAGAUAAAAGACAGAGAUUCAGACAGCAGCAUUAUUGCUCCCAACAAUCGGCAUCUGACGGCGUUCUGUGAGCUGGUGGGCGUGACCUAUCAGGACAUGUCCCAUUGGCUGUGCCACAGGAAGCUGAAGACGGCCACGGAGACUUACAUCAAGCCCCUCCCCCGCCUUCAGGCCACCAACGCUCGCGAUGCUCUAUCCAAACAUAUCUACGCCAAGCUGUUCAACUGGAUCGUGGAACACGUAAACAAGGCUCUGGUCACCAACGUUAAGCAACACUCUUUCAUCGGAGUCCUCGACAUCUAUGGGUUUGAAACAUUUGAAAUCAACAGCUUUGAGCAGUUCUGCAUCAACUACGCUAAUGAAAAACUCCAGCAGCAAUUCAACAUGCAUGUGUUCAAGCUGGAGCAGGAGGAAUAUAUGAAGGAGCAGAUCCCCUGGACGCUGAUCGACUUUUACGACAAUCAGCCCUGCAUCAACCUCAUAGAGGCUAAGAUGGGCAUCCUGGACCUGCUGGACGAGGAGUGCAAGAUGCCCAAGGGUUCGGAUGAUUCCUGGGCUCAGAAACUCUACAACACUCACCUGAAGACCUGCUCCCUGUUUGAGAAGCCACGCAUGUCCAACCGCGCCUUCAUUAUCCAACAUUUUGCUGAUAAGGUAGAGUACCAGUGUGAGGGUUUCCUGGAGAAGAACAAGGACACAGUGAAUGAAGAACAGAUCAAUGUGCUGAAGGCCAGCAAGUUCGACCUGCUGGUGGAGCUGUUCCAGGACGAGGAGAAGGCAACCACCCCGACUGGUCAGGUUCCCGGUACCGGGGGCCGGACCCGGCUUAGCAUCAAACCGGACAAAGGCCGAGACAAGAGCAGCAAAGAGCACAAGAAGACUGUAGGCUGUCAGUUCCGAAACUCUCUCCAAAUGCUGAUGGAGACUUUGAACGCAACCACUCCACAUUACGUCCGCUGCAUCAAACCAAACGACUUCAAGUUGGCCUUCUCGUUUGAUCCUAAGCGAGCAGUGCAGCAGCUCAGAGCCUGUGGUGUUCUGGAAACCAUCCGCAUCUCUGCAGCCGGCUUCCCAUCCAGGUGGACGUACCAGGAGUUCUUCAGCCGUUACAGAGUGCUGAUGAAGCAGAAGGAUGUGCUCCAUGAUAAGAAGCUGACCUGCAAAAACGUUCUGGAGAAAUUAGUUCAGGAUCAGGACAAGUACCAGUUUGGUAAGACUAAAAUCUUCUUCAGGGCCGGCCAGGUGGCUUAUCUGGAAAAACUGCGAGCGGACAAGCUGCGCGCCGCCUGCAUCCGCAUCCAGAAGACCAUCCGCUGCUGGUUGGCUCGCAAGAAGUUCCUUCGCCAGCGCGCCGCCGCCAUCACCAUUCAGAGGUUCACCAGAGGAUACCAGGCCCGCUGCUUGGCGAAGUUCAUGCGCCGCACCCAGGCCGCCACCGUCAUCCAGAAGUACCAGAGGAUGUGUGUGGAGAGGAAGCGCUACAGACAGAAGCAGGCUGCUGCUCUGGCCAUGCAGACAAUCCUCAGAGCGUACAUGGCCCGACAGAAGUACCAGGCGCUGCUGCGGGAGCAUAAGGCCAUAAUCAUUCAGAAGCACGUCCGCGGCUGGCUGGCCAGGUGCUGGUACAAGCGCUGCCUGGAGGCCAUCGUCUACCUGCAGUGCUGCAUCCGCAGGAUGAGAGCCAAGCGAGAGCUGAAGAAGCUGAAGAUUGAGGCCCGAUCAGUGGAGCACUUCAAGAAGCUCAACAAAGGCAUGGAGAACAAAAUCAUGCAGCUGCAGAGAAAGAUCGACGAGCAGCAUAAGGACAACCGGUUAAUAAGCGAGAAAUUGGUCACUCUGGAGAGUUCCUACGCAUCGGAGAGCGAGCGCAUGCGCAGGGAGCUGAGCCGGCUGCGCGGGGCGGAGGAGGACGCCAAGAACAAAGCCAACCAGGUGUCGUCUCUGCUGGAGGAGCUGGAGAGGCUAAAGAAGGAGCUGAGCGUCACCCAGCAGGAGAAGACGACCAUCGAGGACUGGGCACACAAGUACAGGGACGAAAUGGAAAAGAUGGUGUCCGAGCUGAAAGAUCAGAAUGGACUGCUGAAGAAGGAGAAAGACGACCUGAACAGGAGGAUCCAGGAGCAGGGUCAGCAGAUGACGGAGAAAAUGACUCGUGCGAUCGCACAGGAGACUCAGCAGCUGGAGACGGAUCUGAACGAGGAGCGCUCUCGCUACCAGAACCUGCUGACAGAACACCUUCGCCUGGAGGAGAAAUACGAGGACCUGAAGGAGGAGUUUGCUCACUCCUCGAACGUCUCCAAACCCGGCCACAGGAGAACAGACUCCACCCACAGCAGCAACGAAUCAGAGUACACCUACAACUCGGAGUACGCCGAAUCGGAAGAGGGUCACCGUGCCGGCGAUGACGUGACGAGGGGGAUGGAUACCUCACUGACUCUAAAGCUGCAGAAACGGGUUACAGAGCUGGAGCAGGAAAAGCAGUCGCUGCGCAACGAACUGGAAAACAAAGAGGACCAGUUCCAGCGGGCUAGAGCCAGGGAUGAUGCACAGUUUAGAAAGGCCCGUGGAGCAGAGCUGGAGUAUGAGUCCCUGAAACGUCAGGAGCUGGAGUCUGAGAACAAGAAGCUGAGACACGACCUGGCAGAGAUGAGGCAAAGCCUGCUCGCUGACGCAGCCACAGGUGCCGGGGCACCGGGCUCGCCGGCUUACAAGGUGCUCCUGGACCAGCUGAACGCUUCCUGCGAGGAGCUGGAGGUCCGCAAGGAAGAGGUGCUGAUCCUUCGUUCCCAGCUGGUCAGCCAGAAGGAGGCCUUGCACCACAAGGAUGAGAAGGAGACGAUGACGGAGCCUUCAGUGUUCGCUCAAGAUGUGAACAAACUGAAGGACACAGACGAGUUAAAGCAGGCCUACAUCGGCCUCAAAGACACCAACAGAUCUCCCAGGUCAAUGCUCCCGGUGGUGGAGGUACAGGAUCUCCUGAGUAGGCUGAGAUCCGCUGCUCCAGACCUACAUAAACUGAAUGAGGACGGGGAGCUCUGGCUGGUUAAUCAGGGCUUAAAGGAAACCAUCAGGUUACUGGAGCAGCAGCUUCAGACCCAGCGGCGAACGUACGACAGCGAGGUGGAGUCGCUGCGCGGCGAGCUGCAGAACGUGAAAGAGGAGAACAACCGGCAGCAGCAGCUGCUGGCCCAAAACCUCCAGCUGCCUCCGGAGGCCCGAAUCGAAGCCAGCCUGCAGCAUGAGAUCACCCGGCUCACCAACGAGAACCUGGAAAUCAUGGCCGACGACCCUACCGCAUCCAGAGAGGCUCGAGUCAUCAUUUUACGACGGAUGGUUGAUCUGAUGGAGCAGCUGGAGAAGCAGGAUCGAACCAUUCGCAAACUCAAGAAGCAGCUGAAGGUUUAUUCCAAGAGGAUCGGAGAGAUGGGCGCGGGUCAAACGGAAGGACAGACGUCUCCGGGACAGAUGGUGGAGGAGCCCAUCCAUCCUGUUAACAUUCCCCGCAGGGAGAAGGACUUCCAGGGAAUGUUGGAGUACAAGAAGGAGGAUGAAAUGAAGCUGGUUAAGAACCUAAUUCUGGAACUGAAACCUCGCGGCGUGGCUGUAAAUCUGAUCCCAGGUCUGCCAGCCUACAUCCUGUUCAUGUGUCUGAGACACGCAGACUACGUCAACGAUGACCAGAAAGUUCGCACUCUGCUCACGUCAACCAUUAACAGCAUCAAGAAGAUCCUCAAGAAACGUGGAGAUGACUUUGAGACGGUCUCGUUCUGGUUGGCCAACACCUGCCGCUUCCUGCACUGUCUGAAACAAUACAGCGGAGAGCAGGCUUUUAUGAAGCACAACUCGGUGAGGCAGAAUGAGCAUUGUCUGUCCAACUUUGACCUGGCAGAGUACAGGCAGGUGAUCAGUGACCUGGCCAUUCAGAUCUACCAGCAGCUGGUUAAAUGCAUGGAGAACAUCCUCCAGCCAAUGAUAGUAUGUGGGAUGCUGGAACAUGAGACCAUCCAGGGCGUGUCCGGAGUGAAGCCCACAGGCCUCCGUAAGCGAACGUCCAGUAUCGCCGACGAAGGCACCUACACCCUGGACUCCAUCGUGCGGCAGCUCAGCGCCUUCCACUCCACCGUGUGUCAGCACGGCACCGACCCCGAGCUCAUCAAGCAGGUGGUGAAGCAGCUGUUCUACAUCAUCGGUGCCGUCACCCUAAACAACCUGCUGCUGCGCAAGGACAUGUGCUCCUGGAGCAAAGGCAUGCAGAUCAGGUACAACGUGAGCCAGCUGGAGGAGUGGCUAAGAGACAAAGGCUUGAUGAACUGCGGAGCCAAAGAGACCCUGGAGCCUCUGAUCCAGGCUGCUCAGCUGCUGCAAGUGAAGAAGAAGACGGACGAAGACGCAGAGGCCAUCUGCACCAUGUGUCACGCUCUCACCACUGCUCAGAUUGUGAAGGUCUUGAACCUCUACACUCCCGUUAAUGAGUUUGAGGAGAGAGUUUCUGUGGCUUUCAUACGAACCAUCCAGACCCGUUUGCGAGACCGCUUUGAGAGUCCUCAGCUCUUAAUGGACACCAAAAUGAUUUACCCAGUCACCUUCCCAUUUAACCCAUCCUCCCUCGCCCUGGAAACCAUCCAGAUCCCCACCUCUCUGAACCUGGGCUUCCUCACCAGAGUCUAAGCUAAGCCCAAACCCUGCAGCUGCCACCUAUAAGAUCGUCCACAUUUUCUUUUAUAGUGCUCUGAUACAAUAUGAAUAAACAUUUCUGUCCAAAAGCUGAAGUGCUCACACAUCUUUAUCACUUUCUAGAUAAGCGUUAUCUUCUCCAGCACACUGCUCGCCCCCAUAGGCUCUGUUAAACGCUUGUAGAAACAUCUGCCGCUAAAGAAGCCAUAAGAUCCAGUCAGUUAAUCUGCAUCAGCAUCCAUCUCAUCCUUCCUCUGUGUUUCCUCUCAUCAUUAAGGUAGCUAUCUUUCAGCAAUGAGAUAUUUAGCAAGUCAUCAAUUACUGUGACACGAUGAUGCAAAAACAGGUGAGUUUUACCGGUUUUAAUCCGCCUCUGAGCACCAGAGUCAGGCCAAAACAGUAAUAUGUUAUUUUAAGCAUAAAUAAAUCUUUAUGAAAAUAAAUAAUAUAUAUAUAUAUCCUGUAUUUUAUUUAUUGAACUUUUGUUGCCAGCCUCCCCUUUUGUUUUUUUUAGGAUUACUGGCAUUUCAGAACAAAAAUAAAACAGAGACCAUCAGGACAAGCUAAACGGCUUAGCGUUAGCUUCACUGACAGACAGAAUAUUUAUGUCAUAACUGGUAUGUUAUAUAGUUUAAGGGUACAGCACUGAUUUUAAAGCGUUAUGUCUUGAACGUAGAUAUUUAAUGUGUUUCUGGCAGAGGAGCAUCUAUAGAGAACCCAUUAAGGCUACGAUGAGGUCUACUGUUUACAGCUUUGACCAGAACCAAGGAAAUAAACCAUGGACAGUUAUCUACGGAGGGCCUGAGGGGCCACAAUGUAAAUAAAAAGGUUAUUUAAAAAGUUUAUAUAUUUUAGAGAUAUUUCAUUCAUUCUUAGGUUUUUCCCAAUUGCUACAAAAUGCAAAAUCAGAUUAUUAAAAGUGAAAUUUCUUAAUUAUUUGUUAAUUAUUAUUAUUCAGGGCAGUACUUGCUUUGCUCACUGGAUUUUAAGUAGAAAAAAAAUCUGCAGAAA